AUGGCAACAAAAUCAUCCACCACCACCACAAGAAAAGAAGGCCAUGGCCUCCUCCUUGGUCGGUUCGAGAUCGGAAAACUCCUCGGUCAUGGCAGUUUCGCUAAAGUCUACCUUGCUCGCAACGUCAAAACCAAUGAAUCCGUCGCCAUUAAAGUCAUCGACAAAGAGAAAAUCAUGAAAGGCGGUUUAAUCGCCCACAUCAAACGCGAGAUCUCCAUCCUCCGCCGUGUACGACAUCCAAACAUCGUUCAGCUGUUCGAGGUAAUGGCAACAAAGAGUAAGAUCUUCUUCGUUAUGGAAUACGUUAAAGGUGGUGAAUUGUUCAAUAAAGUCGCUAAAGGUCGAUUAAAAGAAGAAGUCGCCAGAAAGUAUUUCCAACAACUGAUUUCCGCAGUAGGGUUUUGUCACGCUCGUGGUGUUUUCCAUCGAGAUUUAAAACCCGAAAACAUAUUAUUAGACGAAGAUGGUGAUUUGAAGGUCUCCGAUUUUGGUCUCAGUGCAAUCUCCGAGCAAAUCAGAGGCGACGGUUUGUUCCAUACCUUUUGCGGUACUCCGGCGUAUGUCGCGCCGGAGGUAUUAGGCCGGAAAGGCUACGAAGCGGCAAAAGUCGACAUCUGGUCCUGUGGAAUUAUCUUAUUCGUCUUAAUGGCUGGUUACUUACCAUUUCAUGAUCAGAACAUAAUGGUCAUGUAUAAGAAGAUUUACAAAGGAGAUUUCCGGUGUCCCAGAUGGUUCUCGCCGGAGCUAACACGGUUACUCAGACGACUUCUCGACAUAAAUCCCGAAACCCGAAUCACAAUCCCCGAGAUUAUGGAAAACAAGUGGUUCAAAAAGGGGUUUCGGCAUAUUAAAUUCUAUUUCGACGACGAUAAGUUAUGUAGUGUGAAACACAGCGAAAUCGAAGACGACAUCGAUUAUUCCUCCGAUCAAUCUUCAUAUUCCGAAUCGGAAAGUGAAACCGAGACUAAACGGCGGCUCACAAGCUUGCCAAGACCUGCAAGUUUAAACGCUUUCGAUCUGAUUUCAUUCUCUCGUGGGUUUAGUUUGUCGGGUUUAUUCGAAGAUGGUGUGGAGGAAUCACGCUUUCUGACACGGGAACCAGUUUCCACCAUUAUUUCGAAGCUCGAAGAGAUUGCAAAACUAGUGAAGUUUACAGUGAGGAAGAAGGAUUGCAGGGUGAGUUUGGAAGGAUCUAGGGAAGGAGUUAAAGGUCCAUUAACGAUUGCAGUUGAGAUCUUCGAAUUAACGCCUCUAUUGAGUGUGGUUGAAGUUAAAAAGAAAGCUGGAGAUAAAGGAGAAUACGAUGAUUUUUGUAACAAAGAACUUAGGCCAAGAUUUCAGUCACUCACGGUGACUGGUCGUUCUGGUGAACCCUCAUCACAUUUGCCUUCUGAUAAUGAAUUAUUUAAGAAAGAUGAUCAAACGGGUACUGUUUAA